GACGCUGGUGCCCCCUCAGCUCGCUCUGUUCGCCAUCGCCACGCCGCUGCAGCCGCCGUCCAUCCUGGAGAUCCGCACCAAGACGCUCAUCUUCCAGACGAAGCACAAGCUGGACUUCACGCCCCUGGGCAUUGACCCCAGGGGGAAAGUGGUUUUAGGUUACAGUGAGACAGAGCUGUGCACGAGGGGCUCGGGCUACCACUUCAUCCACGCUGCGGACAUGAUGUACUGCGCCGAUAACCACAUAAAAAUGAUGAAGACUGGAGACAGCGGUUUCACCGUGUUCAGACUUCUGAAGAAGACUGGGAUAUGGGUGUGGGUCCAGGCCACCGCCAGGCUGGUGUUUAAAGGAGGGAAACCGGACUUUAUCGUGGCCCGGCAGAGAGCGCUGACAAAUGAAGAAGGAGAAGAACAGCUACGCGUCAGACGCCUGCAGCUGCCGUUCAACUUCGCCACCGGGGAGGCGUUGCUGUACGACUCCACCCCGACCGUGGAAACCCCCGACAUGGGCUCCACCCCGAAGCAGAGGAAAAUGGACGACUUGUCCGUCAGCGCCGACUCCAUGCUGGGCUGCUUGCUGAGGCAGGACCAGUCCAUCUACUGUGAACACAACAUCAACUCCCUCAACGACAUCGCCUUCAAGGACACGCACGCCACCGUCAGCGUGCCGGGAGACACCUGGCAGCACCCUUCACCCAAACCUGGAUUAUCUGGGAAUCUGAUUAAGUCUGAGGCCAUGGUCCAGGACAUGAUGGAGACCCUGCAGCAGAUCCUCGGGGACAGCGACGUGAUGGACUCGCUGGACGUGGAGCCCAACGAGCUCAGGAGCUGGGAGAGCAUGCUGCUGAGGAUGAGCACCAACACGUCUGAUAUGAGGGAGGAGCUGAACGACAUUCUCAACAACGACAUCCUGUCGUAUGUGGAGGAGCAGCUGCAGAAGGAGGGUGGGUUCAAGCUGCCGGAUCAGCUGGACGACAUCUCAGCCUCCCUCUCCGCUCUGGACCAGCAGAGCCUGGACCCAAACCUCGCUGUGGAGCAGAACUUCGGAUGGCCCCUGGAGCCUCAGAGCCAGCUGAUCUCAAACGGAGGCCUGAUGAUGAACGGACAAAUGGCGCCGGCCCUGGAGACGAUGAAGCUCACCCACAUGGAUCCUCCUCAGUUGGGUUCUCCUGCUUUAAACGGUCCCACCCUUCAGCAGAUCGCCUCCCAGCAGAUGCUUCCCACUCCUGUCGGUCUUGGCAACGUCGCUGCUCCGGUGACCUUCAACCCCUCGCUGGCGGACUCUUGUGCUCAGACGCAGAACGAACUGAGGAGCUUACAAGUCGCCGCCCAGGAGAACAACCUCGGAGCGUUCAGGCCGACCAAUCAGCUUCACCCGAGCCAAGUGCAGAACCACGUUCAGAUGAGGAUGCCCAGCGCACCGAUCGGCCUCCAGGACCAAAGCGGAGGCAGAAAGUUAAAUCCUGUGUUCAACUUUCAGGGAAACCAAUGGAACUCUGUCCCAAACUCCAACCAAGUCAACAACUUUGCUCAAACUUACCCCCAGAAUAUUUCAAACGAAUCAGGUUUCACUGCGGUUCCUCCCUCGUCCAGCUGCUUACAGGGCCACUUCGCACUUCAGACACACAACAGUGACAAUCAGAGACAGUCUUGGCCACUGGAGCAGCAGCAGCAGCAGCAGCUGAUCUCCGGUGGACGCCAACAAACGUGCGCCCGCCUCAACCAAAUGUCAGGACUUCAGAGGAAUCCUCUGCCUGGAGUCGUUGCGCCCCAAACCACCGUCAACGGCAGGCCGGUGUUCAGGACUCCAGAGACUCCCACUGUACCGUUUCCUGUUCCGCAGGAUCUGGAGCCUCUGGCCCCUUCGAGCAGUUGUAUGUUCGGAAAUGCCCCCGCGUCUGUGCCGGUGAACGGAGUGCCCCUCGGUCAGGUGAACUCCUGCAGGCAAAUGAACGCAACCGGAAACAACCAGAUCCUCUCCAAGCCCGCCUGUUUCUACCAAGGUCUGCCCGGACCGGGGUCUGUGCAGGGGAUACCGGCGUUACCGAACCCCGAUGAGGCGGCGCUGUCCUGCCAAAUGACCGCCGGCUUCGACCUGAACGGCCUGAUGGUGCAGCAACAGCAGUAUCUGAACUUCAGUGAACAGACGCAGAUCAACAGCCGUCCAGUCAUCGGGAACAAAGUUUUCCCCUUCCCCUCGCUGCCCGACGACACCGUCUACUACUCAGAGAACAAAUAGGGACGAGCCGCUCUCCACCCCCGGACUGAGAGACGUCAGUUUUAAGGAACACAAAAAGACUCCUGUCUCUAAACAUGAAACGGAAUAGACUGAAGAACAGAAACGUGCCCCCGAAAACCAUGAGGAGAGAAAACAGGACACGUCCCCCUCUCUUUGUGUUUUUCCAAUUAGGAAAGAAUGAUGAAAGCUUUAAAAAUUCAAGUUUGGCUGAGGACGGCCGGUUUGUGGUCGAGGUGGAGACGUCUCGAGAGGAAGAAAGAACAAAGUUUGUUUUCAUCGAAGAAGAAUGAAAUCUUUUCUUAAGGCCGAUUGGAUCGUACCGAAAAAACACUUCAAUUUGUUUUGUGAAAAGCCAAUCAUCAUACAGCACUUCUGUAUCGUCCCACUUGUCCUCGGUGAUGUCCAACGAGAGAAGAGCGAGUCAGCGGCUGCUUCCUUCGGUAAAUUCACUGUGGUGGAAAAAAAAAAAGCAGCUACGCGGACGACCUCCUGUUCAUCCGUCUCUGACGCAGCUCCUCCCUGAAAAUCUCUGUUUUCUACUUUCUCAGAAGGAUGAAACGUGUUGACGUCUUCUCGUUUUGCUGUUUUUGAAAUUGCGUCUCGAUUAAGUUCAUUAUAACUUUACUGUCCCACUGAGGGAGAUUUGCUUUGCA